ACAGCGGCACAGCUUUCCGUCCCAACUGCCUGGCUGGCUGGCUGUGUGUGCACCUAUAGCCCCCAUCUCCCUGGCUGUCACAUACACACAUCGCGCACACACACUCACGCUCCCUCACAUCUACACACACUCAGAGCCGAUCAGUCCAGGCAGCGCACAGCCUGGUAAUUGUAUUGCUCCCUCCAAGCAGAAGGAAGGACCGAGAGAGAGAGGAAGACCGGAGAAAGAAGAGGAGGAAAGAUAUAAAAACUUUGAUUUUUUUGAAUUUUCUUGUUUGUUUUUUUUUCCUGGAGGAGGUUGUCUUGACAAUGACCCGGCAUCGCCGAUGGAGUCGGUAGGACACCCGUUAUCCGAGUGUUUUUUAAUGCACUCUGAUCAAGAGUAGAAUGAACUUAUCGAAGGGGCCAUUGGUGAACAGCAGCAGUGACGAUAUCUCCAAGUCAACCUAUAGUAAAUGCGGCGCUGGCGCCUGGAGGAUGCACCAAAGCUACGAUCCACUGGAGGCCAACCACAUGAGAGACGCACAUGCCCUCUACAACCCCAGGCUUCUCUGCAGAAUGUCCAGUAAGGAGCGCCACCUUGAGUCUAACUGUCCGUCCUCUUAUAUAAAGACUGAGCCGUCUAGUCCUGCCUCCCUGACUGACAGCCUCAACCAUCACUCCCCUGGUGGCUCCAGCGACGCCUCAGGCUCCUAUUCGUCCACGAUGAACGGCCACCCCAACGGCCUAGACUCCCCCAGCCUUUACGGCUCCAACGCAGGGCCCCUUGGUCCUGCUGGCGGCCCCGGAUCAAAGCGUUACGAGGACUGUUCGUCAACUAUUGGGGAAGAUUCACAAAUAAAGUGCGAGUACAUGUUAAAUUCGAUGCCCAAGAGGCUGUGUCUGGUGUGCGGGGACAUUGCGUCAGGGUACCACUAUGGAGUGGCAUCCUGUGAGGCCUGCAAGGCCUUCUUCAAACGCACCAUCCAAGGUCUACAUACAGGCAACAUAGAGUACAGCUGUCCAGCAACCAACGAGUGCGAGAUCACCAAGAGGAGACGCAAGUCGUGCCAGGCCUGCCGCUUCAUGAAGUGUCUGACUGUGGGCAUGCUGAGGGAGGGUAAGGGAAAAGGUGUUCGUCUCGACAGGGUGCGUGGCGGGAGACAGAAGUAUAAACGCCGGAUAGAUGCCGACAACAGUCCGUACCUGAACCCACAGCUGGCUCUGCCCCCCAAGAAGCCAUAUGCCUUUGGCUGCCUUGCAGAUAACAAAAUCGUCUCUCACCUGCUGGUGGCCGAGCCAGAGAAGAUUUACGCCAUGCCUGACCCAACAGUACCAGACAGCGACAUCAAGGCCUUGACUACGCUGUGUGACCUGGCGGACAGAGAGCUGGUGGUCAACAUCGGCUGGGCCAAACAUAUUCCCGGGUUCUCUACGCUGUCUUUGGCAGACCAGAUGAGUCUACUGCAGAGUGCAUGGAUGGAGAUCUUGAUCCUACGUGUUGUGUACCGCUCACUGUCCUUUGAAGACAAGUUGGUGUAUGCUGAGGACUACAUAAUGGACGAGGACCAGUCGAAGCUAGCUGGACUUCUGGACCUGAACAAUGCCAUCCUUCAGCUGGUCAAGAAAUACAAGACGAUGAAGCUAGAGAAGGAGGAAUUUGUAGCUCUCAAGGCCAUCGCUUUGGCUAACUCAGGUUUGAAAUGCUUCACUUUUAUUUUGUCUGUCUGUGUGUUUGAGUUUGUUUGCACGCGUCUGGUGGAGAAAGAGUUAAUCCUUGGAAUCUCCCGUCCCAUGGGACUCAUUUAAACUGAACCAUCAAAGCUCUGAUUUCAAUACUCUGCAUCUAAACACACACACACACACAACGGUGACACAUGAUUGCAUACUUUUCGCACACAGAGUUUUUUUCUUUUACAGCACCUGCCGUUGUCAAACCUCCCACUUUCCCUGUUAAAGCCACAGACAAUGUUUUCGUCAUACUCCUAGUAGCCACUAAUGCCAACAAAUAUUUAACGAAUACAUACACACGGCAAAGGUACAAACUCAAACACACACACACACAUUUUCAACCUGAAGCCCACCUCCCACCCCCAAACAAAGUGGCGAUCCCUUUUACAAUUAGCAUAGUCGUCUCUUCAGAUGCCUGUUAAAUAAGCUGAAAUCAUUAGAACCCAAAGUCUGUCGAUAAAGCCCCCUCUCUGAUGUGUCCAGCUGCAUCGACAGCUGACUGACACACACACACGCACACACACGCCUUCUUCCUCCCAUGACCCGUCUUUUGAACUUUGUCUUGGAAGCCGGCCAGCUCUUCAGUACUCUUUAAUUACAAGGGGGUUGCUGUCAAUACAAUGUGUUUAAAUGGGAGACUGCAAUGGCAGAGCCUUGAAUAGGGAGGGAGGGGCCUUUUGUUCUUAUUCUGCCACCAUCAACACACACGCACGUACACUUCGCCGCUUUUUCUCUAAUAUGCCAAUUUGAUCUCUCUUU